CCCAUACAUAAACAGCAACAAGGUGCUCUGUCUUUGUCUUGCGUGCCCGUGUACUUUAUCGCUUUGCCUCGAGUCCUCGUUGCUGAUCCGACUCUGCCUUGCCGCAAACAUCGCCAGCACGACCGGAAGUCUCCGCAUCUGAUUCGCUCCAUCGUUAUUGCCUGUUUCGGACAGCAAAAGGUCGGGCCAACAAGUGACUCAGCCUCCGACUCGUCACCCGGACACGGCCACUUGACUUAUAAAACAGCUACCUCCUCUUCACCUGCCUGUUCCCCCUACUCUCCCUUACACCACUUGCUUCAACCACGCUACACCUACAGCCUCCACUUCCACCUCAUCUCUCACCAACUUGCCCUCACUCAAGCCGCUCGCUACAACCAAUCCACAACCCUUCACCACCAUGGCUACCGAAGAGACCUUCAACGCCGGCGACCUCCGUGGCGCUUCCGUUGACUACCAGCGCGACCACGAGCAGAAGCACAAAUGGGCUUUGGGCCAGGCCUGGGGACCUGGCCGGAAUAUGGAGGCCCAUGGCCGGCCUAUGCGCGUUGGCAAGCACCCAGGCGAUCGCCGUGACGUGGACCACAACCUUAGCAAGUCGCGGAAGCAUCGAGACAUCGACACCGAGCAGUACCUUAGCGGCGACUCGUCGACAGAAGAGGAGCCAAUCGAGGCAUCAGCAGCACCAGAACCCGACGCGGACAUAACAUAUUCAUACGACGCGGCACAGGGACCUGGACAUGGCAGCCAGAUCCUCAGCCAGGCCCUCGUCCAGGCAAUCGAGCGGUUCGAAGACCGCCAGACACACGAGCUGGUCAAGGAGGAAUACGAGGUGCUGGGUCCGAAUGGCGAGCCUCUGACGAUGGGCGGCAAGGGCAAGAAGUCUGCCGGCAAGGCUGCGGAUGACGACGAGUACGAGUUUGUCUGACGGAGUGACGGGGAAGGAUACGAUGACAAGGGUGCGCAGAUAUCAUAAUACUCGGAAUGUUUUUACUGGCGUUGGACGGGGGAACUGCAUAGCGAGGGCAUUCAGGAGAGAAGCUCCUAGGGAAAUUGCGACGGCGCUUCUUGAGGAACUGAGGGGGCUCUUUGGAUUCAAGUUGUGUGGCAGGGAAUGGUUGGAUGGGUCAGUGGCUCAGUAUUCCCCAUCAGUCUGCAAGCAGCUCAAUACAAGAUGCAACUAAACCUC